UUUAGUGUAACGAGAGACACGAGGACAAAGUGCUAAGGAAUUUCUAGAGCAACCAAAACGUGUGGUGAAGCAUCAGAUGGUGAAAAAGGAGACACAGAAGUGAUGCAGCAGGAAGCCGUUCCAGUUCCUGCACUGUCAAAGGAAACCAAACAGCCCAAAGAAUGUUUCUUAAUACAACCAAAGGAAACAGAAGAGAAUGCCACCAAGACCAGGAAGAGGAAAAAGAAGAAAAUUACUGAUGUUCUGGCAAAAACAGAGCCAAAACCAGGAAUACCUGAAGACCUGCAAAAACUGAUGAAAGAGUAUUAUAGCAGCACUCGCUCGGUGAUUGAAUUAGAAGAACUGAACCUGCCAGACGCCUGUUUCCUCAAGCCUAAUGAUUUGACUCACAGUCUUUCAUCAUACCUAAAAGAAAUCUGUCCUAAGUGGGCAAAACUUCAGAAAAACCACGGUGAGAAGAAAUCGGUCCUGAUACUGAUCAUCUGCAGCUCGGCCGUCCGAGCCCUGGAGCUCAUUAGGUCGAUGACAGCAUUCAGAGGAGACAGCAAAGUUAUGAAAUUAUUUGCAAAACACAUCAAGGUCCAGGAGCAGGUGAAGUUGCUGGAGAAGCGUGUGGUGCACCUGGGUGUGGGAACUCCAGGGAGAAUUAAAGAACUUGUCAAACAAGGUGUCCUUAAUUUGAACCCCUUAAAGUUCCUGGUUUUCGACUGGAACUGGAGAGAUCAGAAGUUGAGGAGAAUGAUGGACAUUCCCGAGAUAAGAAAGGAGGUAUUUGAACUUCUGGAAAUGGGAGUGCUCAGUCUGUGCAAGUCAGAAUCUUUGAAACUGGGCCUCUUCUAAGUAUUGGUCCUAAAGAAGAUUUCAAUUUUUGUAGUAGAAUUUGCAUCUGAUUUAAUGACUCUGACACAUUGCAAGUGCUCAGCUAUUAGUUGAUUAUGUUAACUGUGUCUCCAGAGGACUCACUGGGAAUGUGGAGCUUCUUUAACAGAAAUGAAUCUGUCCUGUUGCCAACUCCCUUGUAUAAUAAAGUGUCACUGGCUUGUGUGUGA